GUUUUGCCUUGCGGAGGCUGCGGCAGGAGCGGUCCGGCCCCUCCAGCAGCCGCACGCUCCCGGCGACCCACGUUGGGAGGAUGAGCAGCAAAGAAGAGCCGAGCAAGUGCUGUCCGGCGGCUGCUCCCAUCUCCAGUUUCACCAUCCAGUCCAUCCUGGGCAGCGGCAGCGCCGAGCCCCCCCGGGAAGCCGCAGACAGAGCGCCCGCCUGGCCCGCCCGCGCCCGGACCCUGUCCCUGUCCUCGGAGGACGAGGAGCCGGAGGAGAGCUGGAAGCACCGCGGCUGCUUCUGCCCCGAGGCUCAGGGCCCCGCCGAGGCGUGCCGCAAGCACCAGCCCCCCCUCAGCUUCACCUGUCUCGGCAGCGCCAAGGCGAGCGGAGCGGCGGCGGCGGGCAGCGGGGAGCGGGGGCCCUUCCUCUCGCCCCCCCAGCAGGACUGUAAGGACGAGAAGGAGAAGCCGCUGGGACCCUCCUCGCCGUCCUGCGGGGAGCGGCAGCGCGACGGCGGGGACCGGCAGGCCGGCGCCGCCAAGAAGAAGACGCGCACGGUGUUCAGCCGCUCGCAGGUCUAUCAGCUGGAGUCCACCUUCGACAUGAAGCGCUACCUGAGCAGCUCGGAGCGGGCCUGCCUGGCCUCCAGCCUGCAGCUCACCGAGACCCAGGUGAAGACCUGGUUCCAGAACCGCAGGAACAAGUGGAAACGGCAGCUCUCGGCCGAGCUGGAGGCGGCCAACAUGGCCCACGCCUCGGCGCAGACUCUGGUGGGGAUGCCGCUGGUGUUCAGAGACAAUUCCCUCCUGCGAGUGCCGGUGCCCCGGUCCAUCGCCUUCCCAGCCCCUCUCUACUACCCCGGCAGCAACCUCUCGGCCUUACCGCUCUACAACCUCUACAACAAGAUCGACUACUGAGCCCCGCGCCCCCCGCCCCGUCGGGACCGCACCGGGAGCGGGGCCGGGGCUCCGUGCGGGGCACUCGGGCCGCCCCCAUGGAGGGGACACAGCCCCGAAACUGAUGGGAGGGACGGGAAAACGGAGAGCUCGGGGCGCCGGGGGCACCCCCGCUCUCCCCUCCUGCCAUCCUGUCGCUUGAAAAGAAAAAAAAAAUUAAUUAAA